AUGUAUGCUAAAUGUGGGCGCAUUAACUUGGCUUCGGAUGUUUUUGAGAAUAUGAAGGAGAAUGAAUUGUUAUCUUGGAAUGCAAUGAUGAGAGAACUAGAUAUGCAUGGCAGAGCAGAGGAUGCUGUUGAGCUCUUCUUCAAAAUACAGAGGGAGAGGGUAUUGAGACCAAAUGGGAUUACUUUUGUCUGUAUUUUAAAUGCUUGUGCUCAUGAAGGAUGGGUUGAUAAAGGUGUAAAGAUAUUUAAUUCAAUGCAAAAGAUUUAUGGUGUUGAACAAAAAAUGGAGCAUUAUGAUUGUGUGGUUGAUCUGCUAGGAAAAGUAGGGCUCUUGGAAAAGGCAGAGGAGCUUAUUGCCUCAAUGCUAAUGAAACCCAAUGCAGCUAAUUGGAAGCAUUAUGCAAAGGAUAGGAGAUGGGAGGAUGUCGAAAAGUUGAGAAAAUUGAUGAAGGGAAGGGGUAUCAGGACAACACCGGGAAUUAACAUGAUUGACUUAGAUGACAUCAUUCAUGAAUUCAAAAUGGGUGAUGGAUCGCACCCACAAGUGAAGGAAAUUCACAUGAUGCUGGAGAAAAUCAUAGAGAAGUUGCAGAUGGAGGGCUACUCACCAAGCCUAGGAGCCUCAUCCUGA